AACUUGGAAAUAGUGUAAAUUAAAGAAGACAAAAACAAGGAGAUGGAAUCGUCGUUAACUCAUGUGAUGCUCGUAUCUUUCCCAGGCCAAGGUCACAUAAGCCCUCUUCUUCGUCUCGGAAAGCUCAUAGCCUCUAAAGGCUUAAUCGUCACCUUUGUCACCACAGAGGAGCCAUGGGGCAAGAAGAUGCGUCAAGCCAAUAAGAUCCAAGACGGUGUGCUCAAACCGGUCGGUUUAGGUUUCCUCCGGUUCGAGUUCUUCGAAGAUGGAUUUGUCUACAAAGACGACGUUGAUUUGUUCCUCAAAUCACUUGAAGUUUCCGGAAAACGAGAGAUCAAGAAUCUUGUCAAGAAAUAUGAGAAGCAACCAGUGAGAUGUCUCAUAAACAACGCUUUUGUUCCAUGGGUGUGUGACAUAGCCGAGGAGCUUCAAAUCCCAUCAGCUGUUCUUUGGGUCCAGUCUUGUGCUUGCCUCGCCGCUUAUUACUAUUACCACCACCGGUUAGUUAAGUUUCCGACCGAAACCGAGCCGGAGAUCAGCGUUGACGUCCCUUUCAAGCCAUUAGUGUGGAAGCAUGACGAGAUCCCUAGCUUUCUUCACACUUCCACUCCGUUUUCCUCUGUGGGAGGUAUCAUUUUAGAACAGAUCAAGCGACUUCACAAGCCUUUCUCUGUUCUCAUCGACACCUUUCAAGAGCUGGAAAAAGAUACCAUUGACCAUAUGUCCCAGCUCUGCCCUCAAGUCAUCAUCAAGCCUAUUGGUCCGCUUUUUACGAUGGCUAAAACAAUAAGCUCUGAUAUUAAGGGAGAUAUCUCAGAGCCAGCGAGUGACUGCAUAGAGUGGCUUGACUCGAGAGAACCAUCAACUGUUGUUUACGUCUCUUUUGGGACUAUGGUUUACUUGAAGCAAGAGCAGAUCGACGAGAUUGCUCAUGGCAUUCUCAACUCCGGGUUGUCCUGCUUAUGGGUUGUUCGGCCUCCCUUACAAGGGUUUGACCAAGAACCACAAGUCUUGCCUCUAGAGCUUGAAGAGAAAGGAAAGAUCGUAGAAUGGUGUCCACAAGAGAAAGUGUUGGCUCAUCCUGCGGUUGCUUGCUUUUUAAGUCACUGCGGAUGGAACUCAACCAUGGAGGCAUUAACUUCAGGAGUUCCUGUGAUUUGUUUCCCGCAGUGGGGAGAUCAGGUGACUAAUGCCGUGUACAUGAUUGAUGUUUUCAAGACAGGAGUGAGACUUAGCCGCGGAGAGGCUGAUAAGAGGAUUGUUCAGAGGGAGGAAGUUGCUGAUCGACUGCUUGAGGCCACCGUUGGAGAGAGGGCGGCGGAGCUGAGAGAAAACGCUAAGAGGUGGAAGCAGGAGGCGGAGACUGCCGUAGCGUAUGGUGGAUCAUCGGAGAGGAACUUUCAAGAGUUUGUUGACAAGUUGGUUGAUGUUAAGACAAUGCCAAACAUUAAUAUUGUCUCGUAAGUCGUAAAUAUCAUAUCGAUGCUUGUUAUUUACACUUCUACCGGAUUAAGAUUUUAAAUUAUUUACCAUGUACUAAAUUUUAUGCAUCAAUGAACAAUGGUACGUUGAAUCUUUUGAUGAUGGCACGGAUACAAAUAUAGUUAAGGGGACAUU